UUAUCCUAAAUUCUCUUUUACAUCUCAUGGUCUUACCAACCCCGAUUUGCGCGUGAAAUCAGAUGCGCCAUUGUUUCUCCUCCUCGCUUCAUUCUGGUGCCCUGCUGCAAUAGCUAACAAUUUGCUUCUCCGAACCGGCAAAGCGAAGAUGGCUAACCAAGGUGCGAAGAAGCGCAAGGAAGAGAAUGUUCGUCACAUGGCCAAUCUCCGCCGCCUCAUCAUUGCCUGCAACGUUAUCUAUAUCAUGGUUCGGCUGCUGAUUUUUCAUUCAAGUUUCACUUGGAAACAUUGGAUUGGUCUGAUUGUCACAUCAGCAGCUUAUUUUAUUCCUUACAAUCAACUUGCCAAAAUGGCUAACCCAACCUACGGUGAUGAUGGUGAACUUCUAGAUGGUGGGUUUGAUAUGAGUACGGGUGGAAUUUGUGGCUACUUGCAUGACGUGAUCUACAUUACAAGCUUUGUGCAAAUAAUGUCAAUUGUCUCUGGGAAGUUUUGGUAUACCUACCUUGUGAUUCCAGCAUUUGGGGCAUACAAAUCUUCUGGUUUUAUUAGGGGACUCUUGUCGCAAGGUUCAGAGGAUGUAGCUGAGGAUGAGAAAACUCGCAAGAAGAGAGAAAAGAUGGAGAAGAAAGCUUCAAGAGUGAAGUUUUUGAAGACCAAGAAUAGAUAAUCUUCUUUUCGAAAAUCAACAGAAGCAACUCGAUGCAAUCAAUUUGACCAUAGACGCUGUCAAGUUUUAGGUAUCACUGGAAGUUAGUUUGAGCGAAAAGUUUGUGUAUUGAUCUGACUAAAUAUAACAGGAAUAAGGGGCAGAAGUGUAUCAUUGUAACCUCCAUUCUGUCAACUGAGCAUUUAGAAGUGCCCUGUUUCCUCUUUCAAAAUGACAUCACAGGUUCACCACUUUUACAGCUUUGAUUUCAUUUUGAGGGAUAUAUAUCAAAACAAUAGCUUGAAAUUUUGUUCUUCA